AUGGCUGUCACUUUCCCUUCUGCCCUGCUUCUCAUUUCCUGUCUUCUCUGCUUCUGCAUCACAUUAUCUCAAGCCCAGCAGCCCUCCUUCCGCCCAAAAGCCCUAGUCCUCCCCGUUACGAAACACCCAUCAACACUCCAAUACCUCACCCACAUCAUCCAACGAACCCCACAAGUCCCAGUGAAACUAGCCCUCGACCUCGGCGGUCGAUCCCUCUGGAUCGACUGCGAAGAUAACUACGCCUCGUCGUCCUACGCCCCAUCUCGCUGCGAAUCGUCGCAAUGCCACCUCGCAAACUCCAACCUCUGCACCACCGAAUGCUACCAAUCGUCACCAAAGCCGGGCUGCUACAACAACACCUGCGGCAUGCUGCUCGAGAACACCUUCACCCAAACCGGCACGACCGGGGAUCUCGGUCAGGACCUCGUCUCGAUCCAAUCGACCGACGGGUCGAACCCGGGCAAAAUCGUCAAAGUUCCCCACUUUCUCUUCACUUGUGCCCUCAGUUUCGUGCUAGAUGGACUUGCAAAGGGUGUGAAGGGAAUUGCUGGACUUGGAAGGAGUAACCUCUCCCUCCCUUCUCAAUUCUCUGCUGCUUUCAGCUUCCCCAGGAAAUUUGCAAUCUGCUUGAGCAAAUCCGGCAAAGGAGCUGUCUUCUUUGGUGAUGGGCCUUAUGUGAUGCAACCAAAAGUUGAGAUCUCCAAGUCGUUGAUCUACACUCCAUUGCUUCUCAAAAAGGUCAGUACAGAAUUUGCAACUUUUGCAGGGGAACCUUCCUCUGACUACUUCAUUGGAGUCAAAUCAAUCAAAAUCAACAACAAAACCGUCCCACUCAACACCACUUUGCUCAAAAUCAACAAAGAGGGUUUCGGUGGGACGAAGAUUAGCACUGUUCAGCCUUACACCGUCCUCGAGACUUCGAUUUACAAAGCUGUGAUUGCCACUUUCGCCAAGGCGCUGAGUGGAGUGGCCAGAGUGGCAGGGGUUAGGCCGUUCGAGCUGUGUUACAACUCUGCGGCGAUUGGGAGCACACGAGUUGGACCUGCUGUGCCGCAGAUCGAUCUGGUGUUGCAGAGCAGCAAAGUGUACUGGAGGAUUUUCGGUGCGAACUCGAUGGUUCAAGUGAAGAAAGGCGUUCUCUGCCUCGGGUUUGUGGAUGGUGGGAUGGAUGCCAGGGCUGCCAUUGUGAUUGGUGGGCAUCAGUUGGAAGAUAAUCUGCUGCAGUUUGAUCUUGCCGCUUCGAGAGUUGGGUUCAGCUUGUCUUUGUUGUCUAGGCAGACUACUUGUGCCAAUUUUAACUUCACUUCUGCUGCUUGA